UCUCCCCGCCGCAACUACAAACCCCUGCCCCGUUCUCUCAACCUCUUCAUGGCUUAAAACCACCAAAAAACGAAACCCUAACCCUAAUUUCUCGUUCUCCAUGCCCGUUUCCUUCCAUCUCAGCCCCCCAAACCCUAACCUUCAUCUUGUCACCUGUCGCUGUGGUUCCGCCCCUCUGAACCGGUCGUGGGCCCCGCCGCUCCGACCAUUUUCCACUUGGAGGGGGUUCAGGGCGACUAAAGUGUUGAGGAGUCAGAAUAAAGGUAGAAUCUUGGAUGGAGUUAGUUAUGAAGAGAAGAAGGGGAAAGGGGAUGGGGAGAGUAAAACCGAGGAGGAGAAUGAUGAGGGUUUGAAUGAGAAGAAGCCGGAGUUGGCAGAGAAUAGUAGCAGUAGGGCUAUUCAGAGAAGGCAAAAGGCCGUGGUGGCCGCAAAUGCGGAUCUUUUGACGAUUCCGGGUGUUGGACCGAGGAAUCUGAGGAAGUUGGUGGACAAGGGUUUUGCUGAGGUUGCUCAGCUCAAGCAGCUGUAUAGAGAUAAGUUUUUUGGAAAGUCAAGCCAGAAGAUGGUUGAAUUCUUAAAGAGUUCAGUAGGAAUCCUCCAUAAAAACCAUGCGGAGAGUAUCACCUCUUUCAUAAAAGAAAGCGUGGAUGAAGAGUUAAAAGAAGACAACAGCUCUGAGAUGAGACCUGUGCCACAGAAAAGGCUGACAUUUUGUGUCGAGGGAAAUAUUAGUGUUGGAAAGACUACUUUCCUGCAACGAAUUGCUAAUGAAACACUUGAGUUGCGUGAUCUUGUAGAAAUAGUGCCUGAGCCUAUCAACAAAUGGCAAGAUAUAGGUCCUGAUCACUUCAACAUACUAGAUGCUUUUUAUGCUGAGCCACAAAGGUAUGCCUACACCUUCCAGAAUUACGUGUUUGUCACCAGGGUCAUGCAAGAACGAGAAUCUGCUGCUGGAAUUAAACCCCUCCGGUUAAUGGAGAGAAGUGUUUUCAGUGAUAGAAUGGUCUUUGUGCGAGCAGUUCAUGAAGCUAAAUGGAUGAAUGAGAUGGAAAUUAGCAUCUAUGAUUCAUGGUUUGACCCUGUUGUGUCAACCUUGCCAGGGCUUAUACCUGAUGGUUUCAUUUACCUAAGAGCUAGCCCAGACACUUGCCAUAAGAGAAUGAUGAUGCGCAAAAGGGCUGAGGAAGGUGGUGUGAGCCUUGAUUAUUUGAAAGGUUUGCAUGAAAAACAUGAGAGCUGGCUUCUCCCAUUUCAAAGUGGAAAUCAUGGGGUAUUGUCUUUUAGUCAAUUGCCGAUGCAUAUGGAUGACACCUUACAUCCUGGAAUAAGAGACCGUGUAUUUUACCUACAAGGAAAUCAUUUGCAUUCAAGUAUCCAAAAGGUUCCUGCUUUGGUAUUGGAUUGCGAACCCAAUAUUGAUUUCAGCAAAGAUAUUGAAGCCAAGAGGGAGUAUGCGCAGCAAGUCGCAGAGUUCUUUGAGUUUGUGAAAAGAAAGAAAGAGGACACACCUCCAAAGACUAACAGCGAUGAGAAGGAAACUAGUAAAAAGAUACUGCUUCCUCGUGAAGGUGGUUUCUGGGUUCCUGAAGGAACUCAGUUUCCGCAAUCAGCUUUGAAAUCCCUCGACUUAUGCAAAGCCAUGUCAUUCUCAUCCGGAUAGUUGCUCUCCCUCAAAUCGGUUAAAUUCUUGUCGUUUUUCGCAAAAGAUUAUGAAUGGCGAUCCUGACCGAGUUGCAACUGUUUGUAUGUGCUUUGUUUCAAGUGAGCAUAUACAUAAUGCAACUGUUUGUACAUUGAUACAUUAGUAGUAACCUGUGGUGAAAGUCUAGUUUUAGUUUCAAGCUCUUGCUGGGCCUUUGUGAUUGUUUUUGUUGGGCGUGCUAAGUGGGAGUUUUGAAACUAUUGCUGUAAGUAGUCUACAUAAUGUAUCCUAGUUUCUGAACCUGGCAAAGUGAAUGUGAGGGCAAGUGAAAUUUAUCUCCAUGACUUCACUGCA